AUGUCGCUCCUGCAGGAGCAGCAACCCGAGGUGGUAGCGUUGGCUCAGACGUUGAUAUAUCAGAUUUGGGAGGUGAGGAACAGGGUUGUGUUUCGUCAUGGCAGGAUGGUGGUUUCAGAGGUUCUUGACCGCGUCAAGGGGAUGGUAACAACAUGUCCUACCAGAGUCCGUGAGGGGGCACCGACGAGUAUGGCUGUGUGGCGGAGACCUCCAGAGCGAGUUGUCAAGCUGAAUUUUGAUGCUUCUUUUAGGGACGGCAAGGUGGCUGGCUUGGGUAUGAUAGCACGUAACCAUCAGGGGGACAUCAUGGCAGCAGCUACCUCCUAUCCGGUGCCCAUUUUUUCAUCUCUUUUGGCGGAGGCGUGUGGAUUGAGGUGGACGAUGCAGUUGGCGACUGAGCUUGGCUUUAGGCGAGUUUGUUUAGAGACAGAUUGUCUCCAGUUAUUCCAGUGGUGGCAGAAGGAGGCCGUGGGUCGAUCCUAUUUAGAUAAUAUUAUUAGAGAUUGUCGUUCUUAUGUUUCGUUUUUUGAUUUAUUUUCAUUGUCUUUUGUUAGACGUUCUGGUAACGCAGUAGCAGACUUUUUGGCCAGGAAUGCUUCUACCUAUGCGGAUUGUGUAUGGGUGGAAGAAGCCCCUGAUGCCGUUAUUGGCUUGAUAAACUUGGAUGUAAUUGCUUCAAGGCCGUCUGGCCCUUAA